UAGUGUCAUUCUUUCUCAAGCGUCCAUCUCUAUUAAGACGUAAAUUCGCAUCUUUUAAAGAGAAAUUUAAAUUCGCACAUUUUAAUGUUUGUUGCUGAUCUUAAUUGAUGUGUUCAACAUUCAUCUAUAAAAGGAAUCUCAGUCAAGAUGGCAGACAAUGGGAUUGGAAUGAUUGGACGAAUUAAAACUGUCUAUUGCAAAGAUUUUGUAUCUUAUAACGAAAUAGCGUAUUGUCCCAAAAAGUAUUUAAAUGUAUUAACCGGCCCCAAUGGAACUGGCAAGUCGACAAUUGUUUCAGCCAUUAUCCUGGGAUUCGGCGGCGAGCCCCAAUUGCUAAACCGAUCCUCCAGCAUCUCCGACUACAUACAGAGUAACAAGACUCAGGCAACUAUUAUUAUUGAAAUCUAUGGACGUGGCGAGAAUGAAAUCGACACUUUUCGUCGUACCAUUAAUCAGACGGGUCCUUCUAAAUAUGCAAUCAAUGACAAGGAUGUCUCCAAGAAAGCGUUCCUGGCAUUCGUUUCCACCUAUAAUAUACAAGUUAGCAAUUUGUGUCAGUUUUUACCACAGGACCGAGUGCAGGACUUUUCAAAGAUGAAUCCCCAGGAGCUACUGGUUAACACCAUGUCCUCUGUGUGUGAUACUCAAUUACUCACAGCUUUUGAGCAAUUGAAAGAAAUGAGAUCUCAGCAAUUAAAUGCCCAUGCCAAUUGUGAUCAGGAGAAGGACAAUUUGCAGAAAAAGGAAAAACGUCUCGAACAAUUACAAAUGUCUGUCGCUCAAUAUCGUGAUCGAGAAGAGUUGCUCCAAAAAUGCAAAGUUUUUACUGCGAAAAAACUUUGGAUAAUGGUUAAAACCGGAGAAGAUAAAUAUAAACAAUACGAAAUUGAUAUGAAAACUCUCAAAGCUAAUUACGAGAAAUCGGAAAAAACUUAUAAAAUGCAUGUUCGAGCUUCGGAUCAAAUUAUAAAGAAAACUUCAAAAUUUCGAGAACAAAGUUUGCAGAUGACAAAUCAAUUGAUGCAAUCGACGACUAAAAAAACCGAAUUGGAGACACAACUGUCAAAUAUUAAACGGGGUAUAAGGGAAAAGCUAAUGGAUAUGGAAAGAAAUAUACGAUUGGCUACAAAAAAUGUAGAUGAAGUCAAGAAAAUUGCAAAUCUAAUCAGCACAAAGGAAUACGAGUUGGAGCAGUUUAAUGAAAUUAAACCGGAUUUAUUGGACGAUUUGGAAAAUCGUAAAACCAAAAUAAUAAGCACACGUCAGAUUGCAAUUGGCCAUUAUAAUAAACGUAAAGAACUGGAAUCAACGAUUAAUGAGGAAAAGAUACCAGAAAUUUCAGCACUGCGAAAUAAAAUCGAACGCCUACAGAAUGUGAAAAGUCAAAAGCAAGAAGAGAUUAGUCGUAAGAAUCCAAAUUUGUUUAAGGCUAUGAACUGGUUAGCCCAAAAUAGGCAACAAUACAAUUGCACUGUGUAUGAUCCAAUGAUUUUGGAACUAAACAUGGCCAACGAUGAUGAGGCAAAGUAUUUGGAGAAUGUGAUACCAUAUCGUGAUUUGUAUGCCUUCAGCUGUGAGGACAAAAGUGUCAUGUCCCAAUUGAUAAACGAAUUGUGCGUUAAACAGAAGUUAUCAGUUAAUAUUAUAUAUUGUGAACCAGUGAAAGUCUGUUCAUUCAAGCCUACUGUACCCUUGGAUAAGCUGCGUCACAUGGGUUUCCAUGGGUAUUUAGUAGACAAGGUUUCUGGACCAGCAGCGAUUUUAAACAAACUCUGUUCAACGUAUCGCAUACAUAAUAUACCAAUUGGUGGUGAAGAAGUUGCCAAUUUCACCUCCAUGGUUCCCAAAUCAAUACGCGUCUAUUUUGGAGGGAAUAAACGAUUUAGCGUAACGACCUCAAGAUAUUCGGACAAUACGAUUAUCUCCGAACAAGUUAUCUCUGGCAAAAACCUUCUUAUGUCUGUGGAUUCCAAACAGUUGAGUGCCCUUCAGAAGAGAUAUAAGGAGGUGGUAUUCGAGCAGGACUCGAUGAAGAAUAAGUUAAGCACAUCUGAUCGAGAAUUCGAACGUCUGCAAUUGAUUUUACGUGAGGAGGGCGAGGGCAAAAAGAAAAUCGAACAAAAGCUUUUGCAUUUCAAGAAUCUUGAGAGCGAAGUGCAAGGAUUAAAAAGGAAAUCCAAUGAUCUAGAGAAAUCAGUCACAUCAAAGGGUGAACUAAAAUCUAGAUUUCGAAAAUAUCUAAUAAUAGAAACCAAAAAGAUGUUGGACCUUGAAUCCAAACUAAUAGACAAACUGAAAAUUAUUAAGGGCCAGCAACUUGAAAAGAAAAUUAUCCAAACCAAGGAAACUGUUCACAAAAUGCAGCAUGAAAAUCAAGCAGAAACCCUAAAGGAGAGCGAAGAUUGCCUGCGAAAGGCCAGAAGUUCUGUCGAAAAGCUUAUGAACUCCGUUGAAGCACAAAAGCGGGAAAUUGAGAGAAAAAUGAACGAGAUCGGCGAAUUGUGUAAUGGUAAAAUUCCAACUAAUAGGGAUUUUCCCUUUAAACAACAAUUUAACGAAAUGCAAGACUUCGAUUUGGAGCAAGUUAGUGAAGCGAUGCAUGAUAUUGAGGCAAGAUUGGAGUGUAUGAAGAGUAUAAACGCUGAGACUAUCACUCAGUAUGAGCAACUGCAGGCCGAGGUUAAUCAGCUGAAGGAAAAAAUUUAUGCUUCUGCAAACCAGGGCAAAACAGUUGAAAGCCGAAUGAAUGUCAUCUACGAUCAAUGGGAGCCCAAACUAUUGAACCUAAUCGAUGGCAUUAGCUCGAAAUUUAGCGAUUUUAUGGAAUCUAUAGACUAUGUUGGAGAAGUUGUCCUAACUAAAGCGGAUAAAUAUGAUUUUGGCUCGUAUGGCAUACAAAUUAUGGUCCAGUACAGAAAAGAUGCUCAACUGCAAAUGUUGGAUAAAUAUGUUCAAUCUGGCGGCGAACGCGCUGUGGCUAUUGCCAUUUACUCAUUGUCCUUGCAACAUAUUACCCAUGUGCCAUUUAGAUGCGUCGAUGAAAUAAAUCAAGGCAUGGACUCUACAAAUGAACGUCGUAUUUUUGAUCUACUCCUUAAAGAAGCUACCAAAGAGGGCUCCUCUCAAUAUAUAUUUGUUACACCAAAGUUACUCCGUGAUUUAAACUACAAUGAUCGUUUGUGUGUAUCAAUCGUCCAUAAUUCCAAGACUAUUCAGAUCGGUACCUCGUUUCCGUUGAGUUGAAACUAAUUUGCAUUACAAAACUGACUUGGAGCAUUAAACUUUAUUUUUAUUUUUAGUUCUUUACUGUUGAAUUUGUAAACAUUGUCGUUUGGUGUAUUUGCUUUCUUAUUUUAGGGUAACUUUAUAGAUACCAAAUUAUGUUCAAAUUGUCGAGAAUAAAUCAACACAAAUAAGAUAAAA